CCCAGUUUUCUGGGUGGCCUGACAUGCUCCAUUUUACCAGCAUGGUAUACCCACCCUCUUCAAACUCGGUGCUUACAUUUGAAGUUGUGGAAAUGGAAGAUUCCAGACAACCAGAACUAACUGAGUUUAAAAUUUGAAGUCUGGGGCUUUAUGUGCUGGGUUGUUGGGCUAUAAACCAGACCAUCUGCUCUGACUGGGGCAGGGGAACUGUAGGAUGUGUGUGUUGGGGGGGACACAGGCACAGAGGUGCGAGGUGCUGAGAUGGUGUUAGGGUUUUCCGGGUGUGAGCCCUGACCUGCCUGUCGUGUUUGGUGAUUCCUUCCCAGCAGGGGCAAUACUCUGCCACACACGCUGUGGCCAGCAGGCCUGGCUGGCAUCACAGGGUUCUGUGGAAGGGAAGGAGACCAAACCACGGGAAGAUUCACUCUUGAGGGUAUGUGGGCACUUUCAGUCUCCUUAUGACAUGCGCAGACUCCCAGGAUCUGGGUCAUGGAGAACAGGGAGUCAGUCUUUCCAGUACUGUCUUGAGGGACAGCAGCCUCGAGGCCUACCCAGUCCACUUUGGGACUGACCACCUCAGACUGUUCCCGCAAUGUCUUUACCACACACUCACGGGAGAUGGGAGGGAGCCCGUUCCACCGUGUGUGACAAUAUGGAUGGGAUGCAGUGAGGCAGUGUCCUAGUGACACAGCCUCCAUGUCCCGAUCUGAGAAAGGAGUUGUGACAAUAGUUUGGGAUGACUUAUUAGGAAAAAAUCCUUUAAAAAUAUUAACGAAUGAGUUAAUUUUAUUUUAUAUAUCUCAUUCAAAGAGAUUGGAACUGGGCAGUGGGAAUUAGGCUAAUCACAUUGGUAGGGAUGCAGGCUGCUGCCUCUGAGUGCUUACUUUGAUUACUCAGAAGUGCUUAGUCUUGGUGCUAGCUUGACAUUGUUGUUUGCAUCUUUGUUACUGGCUGAUCCUUAGCCACAUGGGUUUGGUUAGACAGGAUGUGGUUGGCAAACUGAACCCCCUUUCAAAAGGAGAGUAUUCUAGAAGCUGGGGUAGUACCCCUGUGCUAUUAGGUGACUGAAGAACCCUGGUAAAACAGCAGGCGGCUGACUCUCUAGAUGUUUCUGCAACCACCAGUAUGGCCAUCUGGUCUACCCCUGGGGAGGGUAGCACCUGCUUGUUUCCUUGGGCUGUUGUGUGCAGAAACUAGGGACUCCUCUAGAUCCCAGCGCCUUAAGGCAUGGGUUCUGUGUUGUUUCCCCAGAGCAAUAUGCAGAAGUGUGGAAUGUGUGUGUCCUCUGUCUUGGUGACCCCCCACGACCAUCUAUCGCCUUUUGCUCUCCCUCUGCCUCCCUUCCUUCCCCCAGGCUCAUGUCUGGUCUCAGAGGAAGGGGUCUGGGUGGUCCCUCCCCUCAGGAGCUGACUGUGGUGAGACCCAGCUACCACACUGUGGGAGGGAGUGUGCCUGCUGCCUAGUCCACACGCCCAGCAGCCUCACCCUGUGUCCACCACAUCCUGGUGCUCUGUAGAUACCAAAAGGGUGAGCAAGCAAGCGAGCCUGACAGCAGAGGGACCCUCAGGGAAUAAGAUCUGGGACAUCCCUGAGGCCUUCUCUCUCCCUGAGGGAAGAAUAAACCUUAACCACAAUUCUUGUGAGGGCUUGUGGUGUUUUAUUUUGAAAAUAUGUGACAUUAUUUUAAGAGUGUCUGUGUGUGUGCAGGCAUGCAUUGGACAGCUUGAGGAGUUUGCAUUCUUCCACACAAGUCUGUGUGUUUUCAACAUAAAUGCGGCUUUUAGACUGUACAUGGUGCUCCAAUUAUGUCAUCCCAGCACUCAGGAGCUGAGGCAGGAGGAUGGGGAGUUCUAGGUCACCUGGGCUUGAUGGUAAGAGCCCACCUCCAAAAACAAACAUGUAACCCCCAUUUGCAAAAUAAAUGGAAAAUAACUUGAGGCCUCCAUAAGCCUUUGGGCCAGCUCUAGAGGGAGAUGGAGGCUGAGGUUGGGCUCCUGUCAUGCAGCUGAUGAGAAACUUGAAGGAGAAUUGUGUUCUGUGGUCUGAGGGAGACCCCAGCAGGUAACAAACCUUCUUCCUCUUGCCGCCCUUCCCAAGGAAAUAGGGAUACAAUAGAGAGGUUAAGUGACUUGCUCGAGACACGGCGAGUGAUUGGCCUGAGUCAGAGUUCGAAGCCGCAGUGCUUAACCACAAUGCUCACAAAGGUGUUACUUUGGCAGGAUCUGUUUGUAUCUGUCACCUCAAGUCUGUGGCAGGGCAGAUGAGAUCAGUUUCCUGGACAACGAAGAAUCCUUCCUUGAAGAGCUAGGAGCCUGAUAAGGGACAGAAAUAAGUAAAAAAAAGUUCUUAGAAGUUCUACCGAGGACCGUGGCUCAGACACCAUCUUGGAUGAGGUAUUUGCAGCUGUGCAUAGUGACUGCCUGGCUGGGAACUCACACUGGAAUUCUGUUCUGCAACAGCCAAGAGUGAAGGUCUCUAAAGAGAUGGAGUACGAUGCUUACAACGAUUCCGGCAGUUACAAUGAUGAUUACACAGACAUCUUCGACCCCAUUGUGGAUUUUGAGGAGGUGAAUCCACUAGAGGCCAAGGUGGCCCGUGUCUUCCUGGUGGUGAUCUACAGCGUGGUAUGCUUCCUUGGGAUCCUAGGCAAUGGCCUGGUGAUUGCCAUUGCCACAUUCAAGAUGAAGAAGACAGUGAACACUGUGUGGUUCGUCAACCUGGCCGUGGCUGAUUUCCUGUUCAACAUCUUCCUGCCCAUCCACAUCACCUACGCCGCUAUGGACUACCACUGGGUGUUUGGGAAGGCCGUGUGCAAGAUCAGCAGCUUUUUGCUCAGCCACAACAUGUACACCAGCGUCUUCCUGCUCACGGUCAUCAGCUUUGACCGCUGCAUCUCUGUGCUGCUUCCUGUCUGGUCCCAGAACCACCGCAGUGUCCGACUGGCCUACAUGACCUGUGUGGCCGUCUGGGUUCUGUCUUUCUUCUUGAGUUCCCCAUCUCUUGUCUUCCGGGACAUAAACAAUAUGCAUGGGAAAAUAACCUGCUUCAACAACUUCAGCUUGUCUGCCCCUGCUUCUUUUCCACACUCCACUAACUCCCAGGUGGAUCAUGUAGGGUUCAGCAGACACGUAGUGGUCACCGUCACCCGCUUCCUCUGUGGCUUCCUGAUCCCCGUCUUUAUCAUCACCGCCUGCUAUCUCACCAUCGUUUUCAAGCUGCAGCGCAAUCGCCUGGCCAAGAACAAGAAGCCCUUCAAGAUCAUCAUCACCAUCAUCAUCACCUUCUUCAUUUGUUGGUGCCCCUACCACACACUCUACCUGCUCGAGCUCCACCACACGGCUGUACCGAGCUCUGUCUUCAGCCUGGGACUGCCUCUGGCCACUGCCAUUGCCAUCGCCAAUAGCUGCAUGAACCCCAUUCUCUACGUCUUCAUGGGCCACGACUUCAAGAAAUUCAAGGUGGCUCUUUUCUCCCGCUUGGUCAAUGCCCUGAGUGAAGACACGGGAGCCUCCUCCUACCCCAGUCACAGGAGUUUCACCAAGAUGUCCUCAUUGAAUGAGAAGCCUUCAGUGAAUGAGAAGGAGACCAGCGCACUUUGAGCCCUAUUGGCAAUGCCCCCAUGGGUGCCACAGCCCAGGGACACCCAGGGAUACCCAGGACUUGUCUCUUGAAGCAGGAGACAUGAUAGGAACCUUUCUGGUAUGCUCCAAUGCCCACUACAUUUUGUAUAUGUGCUCAUGUUUUGAGUAGGAUUCCAGAGUGUGGACACGGACACUCUUCCAGCAAAAUGGAAGUCAGAUCAAUCUGAGCCUCUGGAGCAGGAAGAGUAGGGGACCAGCUUUGACUGACUCAGAAGAGAACAGGGUUCUCCAUCUGGGCACAUAAUUUCCUGUGCGUGCUGCAGAGUCUCUAGUGUGGGUGAAGAACUCAGCGCAAACCCAUUGCAGACCUGUUAGAGCCACAGGGCAGUCAAGCCAGCAAGCCUCCCCUCCACUGCCACCAUCCUCCAAGAACUUGACUUUGGAUUUCAGACGAGCUGGGAAGACCAGGACCUGAGGGGCUGCAUGGAACCCUGCAAGGGCGAGGCCAGCUAUGGGUGGUGGUGGUGACAAAGAAAUGGAGGAGAGCAGAAACCCAAAGGAUGGAGGCACAGAACAUCAGCAGCAUGCCACAGGGAGAUGGUGCUCUAGUUUGUGGGUUCAGGUGGUGGCAGCCCUUUGCUCCCGUGCCUAUUGUCACCUGAGGCUGGUGGGGAGGAGGACAUCCUCGCCAAAGCUUCCUCUCCAUCUCAGGGUCUCUUCUCUCCUUCCCUAAUCCUCUCCGCUCUGGCUGGAAGGUCUUAGAAUACACCUCCCUGGGUGGAGGGUGGAGGGCAGAGGGAGGAAGGUGAGGAUGUCAUCUCCCCCAUCCAUCCUCUUUAAGCUUCCUGGAGACUAGAGAGUGGAGUUUUGAGACUCCAGGCUCAGAGCAUCCCCCAAAGCUGUCUCUGGGGGCUCGGCUGUGAAGCUGAUGAGCUGACUGGCUCCUCCUUGAAUCACGCUUCCCAGGUGAGGCGGCACAGCCUUGGGAGCAGCCCAUGGAUGGACUUUCUUCCCCAAAUCAGACACUUUCUCCUGGCAGGGAAGUCAAGACUUGAGGAAGGGAAAUGACUCACUCAAUACUCUUAGUGGCAGACCUGAGCCCAGCUCUGCCUGGCUGCCUUCAUCCCUACACUGAGGAUUUGAUACCCUGCAUUAUUUAAACAUAUUAAACUUAAAACAUUUACCAUGCA